GCACUUGGACGGGAAUUAGUGGGUGAAGGUGUUUAAUGUUAGGUGGGAUCGAUGAUUUUCUCUUCUAUUUCUCAUGCGAUUUUGGAUUUUUUUGCUUUUGGAGAUCAAAUUUAAACAAAGCAUAUGGUGUCACAGUUUGAUUUUGACUUAGAUGGCAGCCAACUCACCUGAGCCAUCCUCAUCAUCUGAGUCGACUCAUCAACAUGUUUCGGAAGAAACUCUUCAGAGGGAAGUUCGAUCCUUUUGUGACGUGAAUUAUGUAAAUGAAGACAGUGGCAUUGGAUUUCAAGGAGGGAAUUUUGUGAAUCACUUUAAAGCUGAUGCUGCAUUGCCUACUGUUGUAAGCUAUGGGCAUUUUACUAUAGAUCCUUGCAGUAGUUCUGUUACUUACGCUCAGGGAUCAUUACCAUCAUAUUCUUCUGUUAGUCAUGUUUCUACUAGCAAUCAGGAUGACUUUAAUGAAGCAACGGAUCUUGAAGGGUCUCAUGAUCAGGAAGCCUUUCUCUCGUCAGAAGAAACAAAAAGAAAUUUGCAGUCUGUUCCAAAUGCUCAGUUGCUUCACUCUCAUCAAGCGGAUGCACUGGUCUCAGAAGUUACAUCUCCUUCUGGAUCAGGGAAUGUUUUAUUGCAUGAAGAUUCCGUGGAUUCUCAUCACUCUCAGGUUCAAGAAACUGAGGACCCAUUGGAGCGUGUUGCACUGGCUGUCGAUCCUUUAAAUUUGCAGCAUGUUUCUAUUGUACAUCAUGGGCUUUCAAACCUGGGCUCUCUUCCGUUAAUCUUUGAUAGAAACGGAAUAGCUGCGUUAAUAUCUACUUCACGUUCGGAUACUCCCUUCACUCUAGAUGUAUCAAAUCUUCCACGUACCUUAUUAUCUAGUCAAACCCUUCCCCAAAGAACUGUUGCACCAGACCAAUCACAAUUUCUUAACAGUGAUGCAUCCAUCAGUAGUAUGUCCCACAUACUCUCUCCUUUGCUAACUCAGAAGGACAUUUUAACAUCCAUGAUGGCAAGUUCUUCUAGUACUUCAUCCUCCGCUAACUCAUCAAUUGGUAGCACUUUUCCUAUAAAUCAUAAGCAAAUGUUAGCACAGAAGUAUGCAGCUGAGAUGCUUGGGCCUACCACGUCAGCUAGCUUAAUAAAUGAUUUCAGAGAUCAACAGCUCAUUGAGAGCAUGAGUGACAGAACGUCUUCGCCAUAUGUUGUGGCUUCAAAUGCCAAUUCCCUUUUAGAUUCCAGUGCUAUAGCAGUAUAUGAUGACCAUUCAUCUUCACUCGCAUCAACCUCUGUCAGUCAGUGUUUGCCUUUAGAUGUUUAUGCAAUCGAUAGAGGUGUGGCACUCGUCACAAGUUCCAGGGAUAGCCCGGAAAAUGUCAUUAAUGGCAAUGUUGAGUUUGAUAAUGUGACAAAUCAUGGAUCUUCACAUCAUUCAGUUCAGAACUUUGUAUCAUCUAGCGUUGACUUAGUUCAUUCUCAUCAACUAGAUCAUGGAAUGCAUUGUGCAGUAGAUUCAACUGUAGGUCCUAAGUUGCAGGGUGAUGAAAACAUAGUUGAUAGCUCUGAUGGUUAUAAUCAUCAUUUAGAAAAUUCUGAAAAUGUUUUACAUACUACUACUGGAGGAGAUUAUUGUCACAUAUCAGAUAUGAAUUCUUGUGAAGAUACUGCUACAAAUGAAGCUGUAACUUCAGUUUUAAGUAAUAGCAAUGCUCUGGAAGCUAAUGAAGCUCUUAGCACGACUAACCAUGGAUUUGCUUCUCAUAAUCACUUUGCUGAUGAUGUACAUAAUUCAGUAGAAGAUCUGCAAAGUUGUGCAACUGUUAGUAGUGCUACUCACCCUGACUCUACAAGAAGCCCAGUAGGAAUUUCUGGAAAUUCACCUGAUUAUUCACUUCCCUCUACUUCACUUUCUAGCUCCCCUGACAUUGUACAUUCAGAAUAUUCCAGACCUAGGCGAGAUCUAAGAAGUAAUAGACAUUGGUGUGAGGACUGUGGUAUGUUUUAUGAUAAAGAAUGUUCACAACAUAGGAUUCAGCUUAUUUUUGAUAAACCAGUUCUUAGUCGUGCUUGGGCGAGCUUGCCAGCUACUUAUCUGUAUGUUAAUAAGAUUGGAAUAGAUGAAGAAGGUGAUCCUGUUUAUGGUGUAUUUGCCAAGAAAAGCAUUCCCAAGAGGACUCAAUUUGGUCCGGUUGAGGGUAUUUUAGUUAAGCGUGAAGAUCCACCCAGUGAUAACUUCAUAUUACUGGUUGAGCAUGAUAAUGCAGUUGCUUUGUAUUUGGAUACGUCGGAUGAAUCUAUGAGUAAUUGGAUGCGUUUUGUGAGGCCUGCCGAUACACACAAGGAACAAAAUCUUGUUCUAGUCCAACAAGGUCAAUCACUGUUCUUCAAUACUACACGUUCUAUCAACCCCAAAACAGAACUUAGAGUUUGGUAUUCUCCUGCUUAUGCUCAGAAGUGGGGUCUUCCUGUUUUAGAGCCCAACGAAGAGGAAAAGAAAGCUCUUCAAGAACAAGAAAAUGCGUGGCCCUGUUUUGAAUGCAAUCAACGGUUUGCUACUUCUGAAGAUUUGCAAAAGCAUUUAAAUCAGCAUGAUGAAGAAAAUGAAGUUACAGGGAGUUCCAGGACUAGACAGAAGAGUAAAAAUCGAUCAAAACUCACAAAGAAAGUCCAUAACUCUCACUUGCGGAAUCUUUGUGAGAGUAACACCACUGAAGGAAUCAUUAGAAAAACUAGAGGCAGACCACCUAAAAAAUAUAAAGUUUCUUUUGGAACAUUGGAGGAGACACCAAUGGUCUCCAUAUCUAAACGACCCAGAGGUCGUCCACCUAAAAAGAUUAAGAUUCCCUGUAAACAAGAAGAUUAUAAAUGUGAUAUUUGUUACAAAAGUUUCCCACGUAAUUAUAGUUUACAGAGGCAUUUGAUUAUGCAUACUGGCGAGAAAAAGUAUAAAUGUCCAAUUUGUGAUAUAAAAUUUAGUCAUGUUUACAAUAGAAACAGGCAUGUUCGUCGUCAUAAGCGUGAUGAUGAUGAUUUGCAAUCCAUUAAACCUAUGAAAUCGCUGUUUAAGAAAAAGCAAGGAACCGAGUGGGUAUGCACUCACUGUGGCCUUACUUUUGAUAAUUCUAGUGUUCUGAACUUACACACUCUGACCCAUGCUGCAGAAGAUGUGGCUUUUAACGAGGGACAUCCAUUCUUGGAUUCCAGUCUUGUUACUGAUGAUGGAUUUGAUGGCAGUGAUGAAAGUAAAUUAGGGGGAGAAGAAAUGCCUAAAUGCCCUGAAUGCACUCAGGAGUUUUCAUCUAGAAGAGAUUUAAUUGAACAUGCAAGUGUUCAUGGAAAAAUAGGAAAACAAAGAUGUUACAGAGGGAUCAUAAAUCCCUUAAAACCUUUUAAAUGCAAUUUAUGCUACAAAUCAUUUGCAUCUGAUGAGAGAUUAAUUAGGCAUUAUCUUGUUCAUGGAAGUGAAGAUUCAAAACCUUUGCAAUGUGAUAUUUGUUACAAACGCUUUUUAAAUAAUUCUGCAUUGGCAUGUCAUAUCAAGGUUCAUAGUGAAGAAAGAAAAUUUUAUGAAUGUCCAAUAUGUAAAAUGGAAUUUGAUCAAAUUGUAGCCUUAAAAGAGCAUGUUCACAUUCAUUGUGAAAAUGGAGUUUAUAACUGCCCAAAUUGUCAUAAGGUGUUUGAAGAAUAUAACCAAGUAAGAAAACACAUCAGAGCAUUUCACUCGGAACGCAGGUAUCCGUGUGAUAAGUGUGAUAAAAUAUUUCCUCGCCCUGAUAAAUUAAAAUUGCAUAUGCUGAGACAUUCAGACCAUAGAGAAUUCUUAUGUGCUAAUUGUGGAAAGCAGUUCAAAAGAAAAGAUAAAUUAAAAGAACAUAUGAAGCGUAUGCAUGCACCAGAUAGAGAAGCCAAGGUGAAUGCAAAAAAUUCAAAAUCUCCAGGAUCCAAAAAAUUUGUACCAAAGGUAUCGCCAACAGAUUAUCAUCGGUUCAUUUACAAGUGCCACACAUGCCUGUUGGGCUUCAAAAGAAGGGGCAUGUUGGUAAACCACCUUGCUAAAAGGCAUCCUGACAUCAGACCCGAAUCCGUGCCAGAGCUAAAUCUUCCCAUUUUAAAAACUACUAGAGAUUAUUAUUGCCAAUAUUGUGAAAAAGUGUAUAAAUCUAGCUCAAAAAGGAAGGCUCAUAUCUUGAAAAAUCAUCCUGGUGCUGAGCUGCCAAUGAGUAAUCGUAGAAAGGUACGUGGCGAAAAGGGAGGCGUUCCCGAAAUUCCAGGAAUGCCAAACCCCACAUUUUCUCAAACUGUUGGCAGCAUUACUACUCAUCCACAUCAUUGUAACUGGUGCCACAAGCAGUAUGCUAGCAAAGCUAAGUUACUACAGCAUCAACGAAAAAAGCAUUUAGAUAUGCUGCAGUUGAGCUAUGUUGCCAACAAUACUAAGGUGGAACCAGUUUGUGAUCAGGGUACUCAAGUUAAUGGGCAGAUUGUUAUUGAGAGCAUUUCAUCCAACCUUUCUCAUGAAGCUACAGCUGUACUGAUUGAUACCGGUAAAAGAAAAAUUCAUUAUGUUGAUAAAGACUCUUUAGUGGUUUCUUCCCAUCCUGAUGGUUUGCCAACAGCUGAUCUCUUAACACAGGCAAUGUCUGAAUUAACUCAAAAUUUGGCAGAGUAUCGUUCAACUGGUGAAUUUUUAGCCACUCGUUUGUCUCAUUCUACUCCAGCAACUUUAGUCAAUCCAUCACCUUCUACAACUCCUAUACCAACUCCUGAAUCUCCUAGUACAGCUCCUUCUUCCUCCCCUCCAUCAGUACUAGAUGCUACAAUCCCUACUCAUCUGGAUCAAAUACAACUCAAUCAACUUCUUGCUCAGUAUCAACAACAACAAUUAAGUCCACAACAGCUAGCUGUUGUGGUGACUUCUGUCUCUCGAUCGUGGCCAGCAGCUGUGACGACGAGUCUGAGCAACUAUCCAGCUCGAUGAACACCUCUGGGCUGACGCUAUUGGAAAAUCUGAAAAAAAAAAAAAAAAAUUAGUGCCAUUUGUAUGGCUGCAGCCUUGAUGGGCUUGCACCAUUGCACAUUGUAGUGAGAGCACACUGCUGUUGAGGAGGAGCCAUUGUUGAAGUCAUUUUGGGAGUAGUAGAAAAUAGGGGACAGGGGCAUGAUGCCUGUCUUGUUUGAAUGCCCAUCUAGCAUUACCUUGCUGGGCUGUGUCAGUUGUGGGUUCAUGUUGAGAUUUUAUGAAAGGAACCAAUGUCUCCAUUCGGUUCCAUACAACUUAAUUAUUAUAGGCUGUGUGUUUGUCCAACCUAACCAAAGAUUUUAAUGUUCCAUCCCCCUUUUUGAACCUUUUAAACGUUGUGAUAGCUAGUUGACAUUUGCAAGCUAGGGUGGUUGCUAUAUUGCUUUUCAAAGAACCACUUCGUGCCAUUUUUUUCCUCACUUCGGUGGAAACUGCUUGCCUUUCGUAAUACUUAGUUUUGGAAUGUGAUGUGCUUUCUUGAUGUUGACUGUGUGUUGAAUUUGCUUAUUUGGUUUGCUGGAUAAAGCUUUUGUUGAGUAGAUGGUAUUUGAAUGUUGUAUACUGUCAGACUUUUCUGGCUAGUCACUUGUUACUUAGGUUCACUGUACAUCACUCGCUGUGAAAGCACAAUUUCAUUUUCUGUUGUAAAAAGCAUAUUCAUUGUUGAUAGCAUUUUACCUGUAUAUUUGUAUAUGAACAAUCAGAAUUAAAAAAUAUAUAUAUAUUAUGUAAUUUACUUAAAAAUGGAUUUAAAUUUUCUGUUGAAUAUGUGUGUAAUUUAACAACUUUUAAGUGUGACAUACUGAUCUUCGAUUCCUUACAUUGUUUUGGUUUGUUUCAUCAUGAAGUUUGAAAACUUUACUUAAACUUAUGUUUCACUUCGUAAAAAUACUGGAAAUUAAUGUAAAAAUGAAUUGUACAGAUAUUGAAGAUAAAAUCAACUUCAAAUUGUAAAAAUGUAUUUAAGAGCUAUUUUCGAAUUUAUGAUUACCUAUCUAUUGAGCUUCAUAAGAAAGCAAAAUUUUAAGAACACUUGAUGUGUGUAUUGUUUACUGACAUUAAUUCAUUGUCAUAUUUCAAAUGUUACAUGUUUUAAAAUGUGUACUUCCCAAAUAUUUUAGACUUAAAAAGUGAUUAGAAUGCUUACUACUAAUUUUUUGAAAUCAAGUAUGUUGCAUUUAUUUAGAGAAAAAAAUAGAUUUGAGAGAGUUGUAUAAAGUAUUAUAUAUAAAUUCUAUUUUUAUCGCGGCUGGGACUUUUCAAGUUCAUAUAGCAAAUCUACGUUCAUGUAUUUAAGCAUUUUAUUUAUUGAUUGUACUGCACUUUACAGAAUAACCAUUAGGCUAUACUAUCUCUAAUCUAUUUUCCUGUUUAAAAUUUAAAUGAAAUAACUGUUGCACUUUUUUCUGACAUCUUUCACAAUUUUUAAAUACUUAACUUCUUCAAAAGGCAAAGUUCAUAUCACUGUCAUGGAAUGUUUCAGCCUCUAAAGCCCAAACAAUUGUUUUUAUCUUAAUUGCACACUGCCAAUUACACCAAAAAUUUAUUUAAGCUUCUUUACAUAUUAAAUAUGUGAUUGUAUAUAUGUCGUUAUAUAAUAUAGAAUAGUUAUACAUUUAGUAUGGCAGCUUAUAUGUUAAUAUUUAUUUUCAUUUGUCCAGAUUUCAUUCUGAUAUAAAGGUUAUUUUGUGCCAUUUUUCCUAUGUAAAUAUUUUUAAUUUUUUCCACCCAUUUUAAUGUAAUCAUUAAUUUGAAACAUAAAUUUUAAUUCCAACUUGUUAUGUUUUACUUUUAAGUGUAAUAAAAUAUUUCAAAACUGUAUACUUUUUUUUUUUGA